AUGCCCACUGACAUUACUCCUGACAAGCUGGAGAUCUUUUUCAAACAAUGGGAUGCCAAUAUUGAAGCAUACAACAAGGCCAUGGAAUGCUGGGACAAGUAUAAACAAAAGCAGGCUAAGUUAGAAACCACAGAGAAGGCUAAAGAGGAGAGGAAAAGAAAAAGGGCCUUGAGACUUGAAAAGGCAAAGGAGGAGGCAAAGGCAAAGGCUGCUACUGCUGCUGCAGAGAAGCAGUGGUUAGAAGAUGAGGCAAAGGCUAAGGCUUUGGAGGAGGCUAGGAAAGCCAUGGAGGCUGAGAAGGAAAAAGAGAAGGAGAAGGAGAAGAAAGGUGAUAAAGAGAAUAAGGAUAGUAGCAGGUCCAAAGGGGAUGACAAGAGGGAGAAGGAUCCAAAAGAAGGGUGUUGA